GCUCUGUUUUGAGCUGUUGAAGGGGUUGAGUCUAGCUCCUGCUUUGUGGCGCGGGUGGGAGGUCACGAGAGGCCUCGUGCACCUUGGGGUUAUGGUAAAUGCCUGUUUGUGAGCAGUGUUUCUGUUUGAAGUGCAGGGCAGUGAGAAAUCCCAGUGUUCUGCUCCUGAGAAGGCUCUUCUGGAGGUCAGCAGAUGGGAAAUGUGGUGACCAGGAGGAAAGCAAAUGAGCUGCAUCGUUCCUGCUUCUCCUUAAAGAAGAUAUUUCUCCAGUUCAGGGUGCCAGCUGCAAGGAGCCGCGCAGAGAAUGACAAUGGCCUAUGCAAAUACAAUGCAUCAGCUAUAAAGCCUCUUCCAGAGCUGAAGCAGAGCUGCUGGGUACAGAAUGCAGCAGGCAGGCAAGGCCUGACCCUGGGAUGUGCCUCCAUUUGCUGCAACUGGGAGGCAUACAUUGACUGCAGGAGGUGACAUGAACUCGGCGUUGGCAUUAAGCAACAGCAGUGAUGGCCAUCCUACAAAAGGAAACAGAGACAGAGACAGAGAAAGGUGCAGUUGCAAGCUAUCACCACAUAGAUGUGAAAGACACGAAUCACUUCCACUGGAUGGAAUCGGUCAGGAAGGUCCAGGGCCCUUUCUGAUGCCUUACAGGUAGAGGAGAAUCCAUAGCAACACAGGGGAAGAAAGAGGAGACAAGUUUUCAUUCUUGUCCAUGGAAAAAUAGCCUGUUAGAUUAUCAUCUGGAAACUGUGGAAAGUGCCAACAUGAGCAACGAGAGGCCCACGAACCCUGGCUCAUCUACCCUGACUGAGGGCCUGAAGAGAAAGAGGGGAAGACCAAAGAAGCAGCCACAGGAGGGGGCUGUAGGACCAUUGCCAGUGAAGAAACCACGAGGAAGGCCAAAAGGAAGCAAGAAAGUGACUACUGUAUCUGGACAAAUGGUAGAACCUUCUGCUGGGAAAAGGCCAAGAGGGAGGCCCCGCAAGUGGCCUCAACCAGUGGCCAAAGGAGGAGCGUCUCGGGAAGGAAAUCCUCAGGGAAGCAGUGACUUGAAUUCGACCUCGGCGCCAGCCACACAAGGCAUCGCUGGAAAAGAUGGUUCCAGGCCUGGCAAAACUACUGAUCUUAGGAGAUUUCUGGGUACCAUCCCUGCCACAGAUCAGUAGUAUUCCACCUGUUCACGCCUUGCUAAAGCCAGAGGACUGGGAAGCAAACACGAGUUUCAAUGUCGUAUUUCAGAUUCUUCCUUUGUGAUAACUUUGGCCAAGCUUUCUCUCCUGUUGUCUGCUGCCUUACCUCAAACAUCCAAGCAGGGACUCGGGGGAAGAAAUGGCAAAUGCCUUGUUGGAGAGAUGCCUUUCACAGUUUGUAGUGUAUCUUUUGUAGGCGUAUUAAUCUUUCUUAAAAACACUUGGAUAACAUGGUGGCUUACCCUGCUAUGGACAGCAAGAGUUGAACAGAAACAUGGCAUUGACUCAGUAAUGCCGAUACAGUAAUGGAAAUCUGUUUACACAGCUAACUGUUGAACUUCUA